AUGAGCCGGGGCAGCAAAGCAGGGAGGGCGCGCGGGGGCCUGGACCUGAAGCUGCACCUGUCUCCGCCGGCGCCGGCGUCGUUGUCCUCCGACGAAGAGUGGUCGUCGUCGCCGAGCUCGUGUCUGUCGUCGGAGGGCGAGCGGGAGCCGCCGCAGCAGAGGCAGCAGAGCCACGGGCUGCAGUGGUCGGACAGCCCGGAGGCGACGUCCAUGGUGCUGGCGGCCUGCCCGCGCUGCCUCAUGUACGUGAUGCUCUCCGAGGCCGACCCGCGCUGCCCCCGGUGCCGCAGCCCCGUCCUCCUCGACUUCCUGCACCCCGCCGCAGCCCGCAACAGCAGCAGCAGCAUCAACGUCAGCAGGGAGGACGACGACGAUCACAGCCGGAAUAGCACCCGCGGCGGCGGUGGCGGGAGGAACAGGAGGGCGUGA